UAAAAAUAUAUAUAUUAGUAACUGUUUUUAACAUAGUAGUUUAUUGAUAAACAGCCGCUAGCUCGCGGUGGUGCUGUGAGUUUAAUGGUCAACGCGACGCACACGGCUCGCGCAGAUAAGAACAUCCCACAUACUCGCGCGACAGCAACAACAAUGGCAAACCGUGGUCUGUUUUGGUAGAUUUCUGAUUGGAGCCGCACGAUUGGGAAACUAUAGAAUUUCGUCUUAAGUUUUGAGUUUUGAAUCGACGUGCUGUUAAUAUAAGACAAGUGUGUUCAUCGCUUUCCCGUUUCACACACACACACAUAUAUAUAUAUAUAUAUAUAUUUUUUUUUUUUUUUUCGAAAAUGUGCGAGGCGCUGUUGUCAAGCUGCCAGAGUCCGUGCAUGUGUGUCCCCGCUGCUUUUCUGCUGGGCUACAGCUACUAACCUAGCUGCUUUUCACUCGGCGCUUAGCUAACGUUAGCUUGGCCGCGUUUAUUGACUUGCGGGAGAAGAAAAAAAACAAAAGCGAAUGUAAAGCUUAUUUUGCGGUCUAUUUUCUAACAACAAUCUCACAAUUAUUUGAUAAUCGUCGCUGUCGGGUGCGGUAAGAGCUGUUGUAUGAUUUGUCGUAGAAAUACUUUGCUGGCUAGCUAAUACGCUAGCUAUUUGUGUGUAUUCUUCGACUGAGGAAAACGGCGAGUUUUCUUUGAGAGUAUGGAUGACCAAACCAGGAUGAUGACGGGUCUCGCCGGACUCGGUGGACUACCACAAGCCGAUGUCGGUGACCCCGACUCGGUCAGGAAACAACAGUCUCUCGGCCAACCGCAACAAGACAUAGGGGAUAUCCUACAGCAAAUAAUGGCCAUCACCGACGAAAGCCUGGACGAAGCGCAGGCCAGAUGCUGGCCAGAGGACUCGCCGGCGCAUUGGGGUGGAUCAGACGACCCCACAGAGGGAGGGAGAGCAGGGGGGGGCAUGGCAGGGGGUGGCCUGCCACUCAACUUCCAGCACAGGAAGCAUGCCCUGAACUGUCACAGAAUGAAGCCAGCCCUCUUCAGCGUUCUCUGUGAGAUCAAAGAGAAGACAGUGCUGAGUAUACGAGGCGUGCAGGAGGAGGACCCUCCAGAUCCCCAAAUCAUGCGGUUGGAUAACAUGCUGCUUGCAGAGGGUGUGUCAGGACCAGAAAAGGGUGGAGGAUCGGCUGCAGCGGCUGCAGCAGCAGCAGCAGCAGGGGGCUCACCCACCGACAGCAGCAUCGAACAUUCCGACUACAGAGCCAAGCUCGCCCAGAUCCGCCAGAUAUAUCAUUCUGAACUGGAGAAGUAUGAGCAGGCCUGCAGUGAGUUCACCAACCAUGUAAUGAACCUGCUGAGAGAGCAGUCUCGCACACGGCCCAUCUCUCCCAAGGAGAUUGAGCGCAUGGUGGCCAUAAUCCACCGCAAGUUCAGCUCCAUUCAGAUGCAGCUCAAACAGAGCACCUGUGAGGCUGUCAUGAUUUUGCGCUCACGCUUCCUUGAUGCCAGACGUAAGAGGCGCAAUUUCAACAAGCAAGCUACGGAGGUGCUGAACGAGUAUUUCUACUCCCACCUGUCUAAUCCUUAUCCUAGUGAGGAAGCCAAGGAAGAACUUGCCAAAAAGUGUGGGAUCACUGUGUCUCAGGUCUCUAAUUGGUUUGGCAACAAGAGAAUACGCUACAAAAAAAACAUUGGUAAGUUCCAGGAAGAAGCGAACCUCUACGCAGUUAAAACCGCGGUGGAUGCUGCCAAUGUGUCGGCGCAGGCUAGCCAGGCUAACUCUCCGGCAACACCCAACUCAGGGUCACCGGGGUCAUACAGCUUGUCUCACACAGGCGACACCUACCUUGGGCUGCGUUCCCUCAACGGGGAGGGUCUCAGCAUCACUCCCUCUCUACAGCCUCAGGUGGAUACCCUGCACCGUGCUACACACCUGACGGGCGGCUAUGAGGAGUUGUCAGGUAGUGGCCUCUACACCCCUCAUCACCUGGAUGCUAACAGCUGGCAGGACACCACCAACCCCCCCUCGGUUACCUCCCCUUCCGGUCCUCCUGGCAGUGUCCACUCGGACACCUCCAAUUGAUUCGGUGCCUCUUCGGUGCCAUCACUUCAUUCCCACGACAGCCUGCUCUGACUACCAUCCCCUGUCCACAUUUUUCAGUACCCCCAUGUCUCUCAAUAGGUGGCCACACAAGGCUUGCAUUUCAUAAACACACACUGUGCUGGAACACAGGACAGCCAAACAAUAACAAGGAGGAAUUCCCUCUCCAGCUCCACUCCAGUGCUCAGAUCUCUGUUACUCAUAAUGAAAAGGGGAAUGGAGCUUACUGAUGGUGAGAAAACAUAUUUACUUUCAAGGACUUUUUGAAAACCACUGACCCAGCUGUGUAGAUGAUCAUGAUGUCUGUACAUUAUGUGUAUAUGCACGUUAACUUCACACAGUACUCACACAGCUUGUCCAUGUGCCGUUGACCUCUGCACUCAACCCUUUGCUUUGGAAAACUGUGUGUGAUUGCCUGUAUCUCUUGAAGCCUUGGCAUUUUACAGCCAAACUCUUGAUACAGAUCACCAGGGAGCUCUGCUCACCUUGCUCGUACCAAAGUGCUGCCCCAGUAGUUGUCAACACAUCUGUUCCUCCAAGAUCACCCUCUGCCAAUUCAAGACACUGUCGUCCUACUAGCUUGAUGUUUCAUUCUGUUUGAGAUUAUAUAGUGAAUAACAGAAAUAUGCACAGUGGUGCAUGCAAAAACCCUUCCAUAAAAUACACCACACAACUUUUCAGUCGUUUUAAUAGAGUGAGCUGACAUAAAAGAUGUGUCAAGCACAAAAGUUAGCAUCCUUGUUAAUGGGUGUCUCUACCUUUUUAAAGGGGUAGUUAAGGGGAUCACUGUUCUAAACCCGGCAGGACAAGUGAUAAUAGGGCUGAUGAGACGUGGAGGGAAGAGCAGAGAGAGGAGAAUAUCUUGGGUUGAGUGGAUGUAACUAAUAGCCCUUUUUGUUGCUAACCAAUAGAGGGUGUUGGUAGAUGGCUUGUAGACUUUACUUCUUGCUUUCUGUCCACUAGUUUAUUUGAUUGUAGGCUAUUUUCUAAUGCUGUUUCACCAAGAAUGCACCAGCCACCACCAAAAAUGUGCUCAAUAAAGCAUCUAAAUGACGAUGAAAGAUGGGUGGAAAGAUUGUGGGGCAUUGAUGUGUUAUUGGGACAAACGUGACAUGAAUUUAGAAACGUGACUGUCUUCCAUGCAUGUAGGACUUCUAGGCGUGAUAUUGUUUUCAUUUAACCUUCCACUUUUUGAGCUUCAUUUUUAUUAACAAAAAAUAAAGGGUAUAAUUAUUACAGUCAGACCAAAAAGGAAAAAGUGCAUCAUAUAUUGCUAUGAUGUGUGUGUGUCUCUUGGAGGGCCUGUGUACAGCGUUUUUGGGACGUUUUAGUCGAACUGGCUAUUGCCCUCUUUGUCAGCAUCAUAGAGACCGGGUGCUUCCACCAGCCAAUGACAUGUCAGGUGGGGUUCAUCUGAGAUCUCCUCCCCAUCUUGAACAUUUAAGCUUGUGAGCCCGAGGCAACACACUACAACCCUGUUGUACCAAAACCAAAAAUACCAAGUUCAGCAAUGUAAUAAUGCUACUCUGUGUCUCUCGAAAGUUGGUGCACAGCCACCUUUUCAGUUUGAGGAGAGGAGGGAAAUAUAUUUGUAUGUGUCUCUCUAUGUGGUGUUGUCAUGCCUCAAGUUGGUUUGAUUUUUGGGUUGUUGUUUUUCUUUUUUUUUUUUGUUGUUGUUGUUGUGGGGCUUCAUGGGCGGGUGGGUCGAGUAAGGACUGUCAUAUCACACUUGUAAUUUGAUUGUGAGCAUACAAGGCAUGCUCUCCCUUUACCUAUUCUUUUCAUACUUCCUCUAGUACUCUGGUAAAACCACAAUUUAGUUUGGAGUUCUGUGGCCAAUUGGGUAAGGGCUUCUCUCUCUCCUCUGUUACCAAAAAGAAGAGACGGCAGCACUGGGUGUAGUAAAACUCUUGAUUCGAGUUUUAAGACAAACCUGCAAAGUUUUGGGGGAUUUUCAUUCUUUGAAACUGUUUUCUACGUUAUCCGUUAACAAAGCAUUUUGAUAGUAAGGUAAAGCCUUAUGCCGAUUUAGUGUCAGUCGAGACUUUGUUGAACCAUGUUACAGAACAAAACCUGAGUUUGAAAGCUGGUCACAUGAUAUCCCGCAUUAAUGACUUGUUUUGUUACUCAUUGCAGUUCACAUGACUGUAUCUUAUAAAUAAUGUUAUCGCCACACCAAAUUAUCAUGCUCCCCCUUUUCUACCUGUUGUAAUGGAUGUCGCUGUACAGUUUGUGUAACGUUUCAGUAUUUUUUUUUUCUUUUAUAAAUGUUUGGUUGAGAUGCCAGUUUUAUUUUGGCUUUUGUGUCACAGGAUUCACAAUAACUAUCAGUUUUGAAUAUUAUUUAGGUCUUUUGUUACAUAACCGGGUUGAAAUGUAGGGUUUGCUGAACCAUUCGGUGCUGUGGAAAGAACAGAAUUAACAGAGGUUCUCCUAUGGACAUGAUUUGGUUGGUUUCUGGAUCCCCUUCCUCAGCUGAUUCUCCUUACAUUUCCACGCUCUUCAGUCUCUUCCCAAUAUUCAGCCACUUCUGUACUUAAGCCUUGAGAAUUUCCAUUUUGAGAGUGGCUCGAUGAAUUUUGAAACCAUUUAACAGUUCUUUUGAUGCGCUCUGUUUUGUGGAAAGUGGAUCACACAAUCCCAAAGUUAUUCAUGUUAGUUACACUAAAAUAAUUUUAAUACAUUUAAGUAGUGUGAGUAUAUGCAGACAGUAUCUUUGCUUCUGAAAAUAGAAGAUUUGAACAUCAUGUUUCAAGAUGAAACUUGAUGACAUUAAAUGUAUCAUUUUGACCCGGAGCUGCAUUUCUAUUUUCUGUCAAUCAUGUUUAAAUAUUAUUUGGAGUCUGGGAGUGACUGAAUGACUUCCACAGCACCAAAUGGCUUCUAAAACCUAUUUGAUUUCUUUGUUUUUAUUAGUAUAUUUGUAUCUCCCCUCUUUCCCUUGUAUUUACCCCUCUCUCUACCUCUGUCUUUCCAUUUCUCUUGUAUAUAACCCCCACUGUUUUCAGACUUGUCAGUCUGUAUAAACUCCUUUUAUACCUCAACUUUAGAAUUGUUCUAGAAAGAGUAAAACAAAAGAAAGAAUAUGACAAAUUGUAGUGUUCUUAUUAGAAAAUUAAUAAAAAAUGAUUUAGUGUGAUUUUUUUCAGUAUUUGAUUUCAGAUUUUAGGAGUGUUUCAUUUUAUAAUUUGUCACAAAUGCUCUUGUGAUAGUCAAAUGUAAUAAAAGGAGAGAUUGCACCAUC